AUGUUUCUGUCUCCGGACCGCGACCUGUCGCCCGGAUCGCCCGAUCUCGGAGGACACACCCCAGCGGUCCCCGAUCGGCCUGGGUCUCCGCGCCAUCUAGGCCCAACCGGAUCGCCCACAAUCCCCAUAGGAUCGCCAGAUCGACAGCCGACCAGACCCUCGUCUCCAUCCCGAGACUCGCCAUCUAGAUCGCCAGAUCGCGGGUGGUAUGCUCCUAUCGUCCCAGAUCAACAUGAGUCUCUCAGUAAUCCCAGAUCGGUCGGAUCACUCUCGACCGCCGCGGAAUUAUCAGAUCGUUCCUCCGCGCCAUUCCCGCUUCCCACUCCUCCGGCGGCCCCAGAUGCGUCCAGAUCCGACAUCCCGGCCGCUAAUGAAUCUCGUGAAAGGUCUGCUCCAGCUGUGGGCGUCACCGACUUCGUUCCCAGAUUCUCUGCCGACGACGUUCGUCUCACGAUGGCCACGAUCUCGUAUUUGUGGGAUCGAGAGGCUACCUUCUGCAGCCAAGCCGACACCAUUCAUGCGCUCCAGCAAUCCUACCAAGAUGCCGUCGUCCGGGGGGAUCGCUUACAAGACGAGCUUGAUUCGCUAUACAGAUCAGCCGCUCCUUUUGUCUCCUUCGUCCAGCUUCGAUAUGACUGGAUGCAGGGCCGCUACGUCGACGCAGUGCAUUCUUUGAGUGAUUGCCAUCGAGCUCUGCGGACAUAUCGAGAUCAAUCGGAGGAGAUUCGUCGGCUACGCACUUUGAUAUGUGCCAACGACGAGGCUCAGGGGAACUUGGAACGACAGGUGGAUGCUUUGAGGGCUCAGCUUCAUUCGCUCCAAGCCGAACUCAACUCUCUCCGACAGCAGCGUGAUCAGCUGACCAUGGACAAAUCCUUCCUUCACAUAGAUUUUUUGCACUUGAAGGAGCAAUUGGCUCAGUCUCAGGAGGAGAUCGCAGAUGGACUGUCUUCGAUCAGCGAUCUCAUGCAACAAGUGGAUGGUUUGACUCCCCUAGAGGGUCAGUUGGCACUUUCGCGGGCGGAGAACGCCAACCUACGUCGUCAGCUUGCGGAACACCUCGAGAUAUACGACCAGUUGCAGGUGGUGGAGCAUGAUCGGGAUCAGGCUAUAGCUGAACACCGAGCUCUCCUCGACACACUGAACAGUGCUAUACUCGGAUCCCGGUCGUCUGCGUUGAUCGCUCGAUCGACGCCUAAGAGUGCUACUCCGGUCGGAUCGGCCCCUGCUCCCACUACCCCGGGAUCGAGAUCGCUUGCCCGUAGGUCCAGAUCGAGAUCGUCCGGCCCGCCUGCCAAGCGUCGGCGUAUUCAACCAAGGUCACAAUCCAGUGAUUCUUCCACCGCCCGUGUGGCUUCCCGGCUAUUGUCGUUAAACCCUUCAACACCUUUAAACAAACUUCCCGGAUUGGCCCCACCCGAGCCUCCACCCAAUUCUUCUUGUUCUCCGCUUUCGUCCGCGGCUUCUGGGACUGGAUCGGGAAGUGAGGAGCUGACCGAGUCGGAUUCUAGCUCGGAUGAUUUGACUCGUGCUGCAUUAUCCCAAUCGAGAUCGGCCUCUCGUCGUCAACCUAGAUCGGAUGCCCGAUCUUCGACCCCGAACCCCUCUCCGGCCGCUCGGGUUGUUCCCGCUUCUCCCGCAGCUACUGCGUUGGCUCAAGCACUGUUGCGUUCGCCUUCUCCAGACGUUCCGGAGCCUCGUUAUCUUUCGUACCCAUCCACUCCGGUCGCGGCUGUCCCCGUAGUCGAAAUUCAAGAUGAUGGCGGCGUAGAAGACGUGGAGGUAUCGCCAACAGGGGAGACACACAGCGAGACUGGCUCUGUUAGUCCGCCUCCGGAGUCUACUACGCUUUCGGAUCGCCAUUCGUCCGAUAGCGAAAACAGCAUCACCCUUCCGGCACGCCAAGUGGCUAACAGAGUUUUCUCUUCCGCGGACUUCGACAAUCUUCCGCCACUCCAGCAACCACGGGAUCGGUGGAUUCCCAACUAUCUGGCGCCCUCCCGACGGGUAGCUUCCGAGAUCGCUCCAUGGUCCGUUUCGCGGAUCGCGAUGGUUUGCGUGAGGACCAUGACCAUUGAGCUGUUGUUUCACCACUACUCCAAACCCAGAAUUUUCUGUUUCCCUUCUACAAUCAUGGACGAGCUCCGCCUACGGGGACUUGGGCUUCUGGGCUGA